AUGGGGGCGGGACAGUCGUCGCAAGGCGGCUCAAAGCGAGCUUCAGGCGACGAGGCCGCCUGGGAUGGCGGGCCCAGCGCCAAGGACUAUUACGCACUGCUGAGCAUUGAUCAAGACGCCGAUGAAGCGACGAUACGGAAGGCUUACCGCAAGCUGGCCUUGCAGCACCACCCGGAUAAGAAUCCUGGACAAGAAGAAGAAUCGAAUAGAAGAUUUCACUUGAUUCAAGCGGCGUACGAAGUGCUCAGCGAUCCUCAAGAACGAGCGUGGUAUGACAAUCACAAGGAUGAUGUGUUUGAAGAUGAUGAUGACGAGAACAUCUCAGAUGCCGCUUUUGAAGACCUGCGGACGGGCAAAGCGGCUCAAGCGGCCCCGAGGGCAUCGGCACCUGGCCUCACCAUCAAACAUUUGGGGCGCUUUUUUGAUCCCACACUUGCUACGGGUAAGAACAUGACUGUGCCGUCCUCUGAUGACAGCGGAUUCUUUGGAACGUACCGGAGGCUGUUCAAAAGAAUAGCGGAUGAAGAGCAAAUAGCCACGGCGUAUCCAGGAGAAGACAAUGGUCCGCCUUUUGAAUACCCCACCUUUGGCUACUCUCACAAUCCGUAUGCCCUAGUAAAGGGAGAGGAAGCGGCAGGCAACCAAACUCCAGCGAAGAACUUCUAUACCGCAUGGGCCGGGUUCUCGAGUCGGAAGAGUUUUGGAUGGCUUGAUAAAUACCGCACAAAUGAGGCACCGGAUCGUCGUGUCAAAAGGCUCAUGGAGAAGGAAAACAAACGCGCCCGAGACAUGGCCAGGAAAGAUUACAAUGACACCGUCAGGUCGCUUGUCGCAUUCAUUCGGAAGCGAGAUCCACGCUUCAAGGCUUGGCAAAAGAAGCAAGCGCCCGGGGGCGAAGAACAUGUUAAGAAGAUACAGCAAAGCCGCGAGGAAGCAAAUACACGGAUGCGCGAGAGAGAGGCUGCGGCUGAGAGAUAUCGAGAACAGACGCAGGAUUGGGAAAAAGUCGAGGAGGUUAUAUAUUCUGACUUUGAGGACUCGGACGUGUCUUACGUGAGUGAUUCUGCUGAUGGCAAUGAAGACGACCAUGACGAGGGCGGAGAGGAGGAAGGCGAUGAAGAUGAAAGCGUAGAUGAGCCCGAGUCGUCGCAAUGGACGUGCGUCGCUUGCGACAAGUUCUUCCAAUCAGAAGCAGCCUGGCAGAACCACGAGCGAAGCAAGAAGCACAAGCAAGAAGUUCAGAGGCUGAGGCGUGAGAUGCAGCAGGAAGAGGACGAACUAAAUCUUGCUGGAGACGCUGUGCCGCUAGCAGGCGAAGAUGUGUCCGCCGGCUUUGCCAUGCCAAGUGCGUCCCCGGGUCCUAACAGCAAGAAAGCGAAGAAGAAGCAGAUGAAGCAACGCAAGGCGCAGCAGCAAGCGGGCCUGGCUCUCCACGAGGCGGAAGAUCUAGAUGGUGAAGACGGAAGCGACGCAUUUGACAUCAAGGAGCCUCUCAUCAGCGCGCUUGAUACCAGCCACAUCGGAGUCAAGGAGACUGCACAACCGGACGCCUUUUUGGCAGCACCAAAGGAACGCCCGCCAGGAUCAUUCGACGUAUUCGGCUACGGCUCUCUGAUCUUUAAGCCGCCUCCGCACGUGAUUGGCCGGACGCCCGGUUACAUUAAAGGGUAUGCGCGACGGUUUGCACAGCACUCAAUCGACCAUCGCGGUACGCCUGAGCGCCCUGGGCGAGUCGUCACGCUCAUCUCGGCUGCCGACUGGCAUCAAUUUGAGGAGGCGGACGAUGCACCGGAGGGGGACAUUGUGUGGGGCUACUCGUACACGAUCGAUCCGGCGCAUGCGAGCGAGGUGAAAGCGUACCUCGACUGGCGGGAGAAAAACGGCUACACUGAGCAGCGCGUGACGGUGUGGGCAAGCGAGAUUGAGAAGGUGCUGGACGACGUACUUGUCUACGUUGGUCUGCCAGACAACCCGGCAUUUGUGGGGCCCAGCAGCCUGGAUGACCUGGCAUUGAGGAUAUUUACGUGCGAGGGACCAUCGGGGCGGAAUGACGAGUACCUGCUCAACCUCGCCAAAGCGGUGCGUAACCUGGCGCCUGACGUCAAGGACAGUCAUCUGUUCAGGCUCGAAGAGAAAGUGCUACUGCUCAAGGCGAAAGAGACCGCGGACAAGGUGCAAGAUUGCAAGAAUGACAAUGCCGCUGCCACUUUAACUGCAGUCACAGACACAGAUGGCCAUAUUGAUGGCGAACAAGGCAAAAGGGCCCGACGACGAAACAAGGAUAACAAAAGCAAAGGGAAGGCAGGAGAGGUCUGCAAUGUCUGCGCGUCGCACUUCCAAUCGAGGUCCAAGCUGUUCAACCACAUCCGCGAGACAGGGCACGCGGCUGCGGGCAAAGUGGACGAGGAGGAGUGGGAGGUGGGUGUUGGUGCUGCGCAAGGCAAGAAGAAAGGCAGAAAGAAGCGAUAG